GUGUAUGGAGAAUCGGCAGCGGCAGUUGAGGCUGAGAGGUUGAGGGAGGAGGAGAGGCGAGAGAGGAAUGAGAGAGCAGUCAGAUGGGCCACAGAGCAAGGUCCAGCGACAACUCGAUCCAUCGGUUAUGCGCAGCAGUUGCCUGGCGAGCCGAUGCGGCAGGAGAGUGGAUGGGUUAUGCAGAAGUCUCCAUCGGCUGCAGAGGACAUGCCUACAACUUCAGAAGUUGAUGCUGCGUCAUCGUCCAUGAAGCCAGCUGAGUUCAAGACGUCGAUGAUGUCUCGCUGUUGCCAU